CGGCGGCGGCGGCGGGGCCGGCCGCGCUAUGGAGAUCGAGCGGUGCGGCGCUGCGCUGCUGCUGGCGGGGCUGGGGCGCGGGGGGCUGCUCUUCCUCCUCCCCCUCUUCCUCCUCCUCCUCGUCCUGCUGCUGUGGGUCUGCUCCCGGCCGCUGGUCGUGCGGCGCGGCCCCGGGCAGGUGGGCUACCUGCCGGUCCCUGGGCUGAGCCGCAAACAGGCUGCUCGCCGCGCCCGCCGCUACCGCCGGCCCGGGGCUCUGCCGCCCCCCUACCCCAACGGCUGGUACCGCCUGCUCGACUCCGCGCAGCUGCCCCGCGGCGCCGUCCGCAGCCUCUCCCUGCUCGGAGAGCAGCUGGCUGUGUUCCGCGGCCAGGAUGGCCAAGCCUAUGUGGUGGACGCCUACUGCCCCCACCUCGGCGCCAGCCUCGCCGCCGGCGGGCGCGUCGUGGGCAACUGCAUCGAGUGCCCAUUUCAUGGCUGGCAGUUUCAAGGAGAAGAUGGAAAAUGCACCCGCAUCCCGUAUGCUGAGAAAGUGCCGGACUUUGCGAGUAUCCGGACCUGGCCGUCCUGCGAGGUGAACGGGAUGCUGCUGGUCUGGUACCACCGCGAAGGGGUCGGUCCCACCUGGGCAGUGCCUGAGCAGCGGGAGGUCGCCACCCAGGAGUGGGUGUUCCGCGGGCAGACCAAGCACUUGGUGGACGCGCACAUCGAGGAAAUCCCUGAGAACGCGGCCGAUGCGGCUCACCUGGAUUUUCUCCAUGGAACAGCUAUUCUGGGUGGAUCUGAUCUGAGAUACUCAAAAUCCAGACUGUGGGAGUUUAUGAAGCACAGGUGGAAGGGGGAAUGGUGUCCGGAGCCGGAGCCCAACGAGCAUUGCUCCCAGCUGCUGCUCCUACACUCCACAAGCAUCUUCGGGAAGCACAUCCCCGCGCUGGAUCUGAAGGUUUCAGUGAGGCAGGUGGGGCCAGCGCUGGUUUUCCUCAUCCUUGAACACACUUUCCUGGGCCGUGGGAUCAUCCUGCAGUCGGUGACUCCCCUGGAACCUCUCCUGCAGAAAGUUGUUCACACAAUCUACUACCAGAAGAACAUGCCAGCCGUAAUCCCCAAGUUCCUCCUGAGAGCAGAGUGCUUACAGUUUGAACGCGAUAUAACCAUCUGGAAUAACAAACAGUACCUGCCCAAGCCGCUGCUGGUCAAGGAGGACUCCAGCAUCCAGCGGCACCGGCGCUGGUACAGCCAGUUCUACAGCCAGAAGGGCACUGGGCUCCCAGCGCAGGAGGGCCUGGACUGGUGAGGACCUCGCUGCCCUCGGCAGAAGGUGGCCAGAGGCUCUCACACAGCUCCCUUCCUCCCUGGGCAGGCAUGAGCAAUAUUAGAAAUGUUGGUGCUGACACAGGGAGCAAAGCCUGAAACACGCUUGUUCUUCUACCUGUGCUGCAAUGUAUGAGCUGAGCCGGAACCUGCCAGAACUGUCUUCAAAGUGCCUUUGUCUCUUGCUGCUGCUAUCAUUUUGAGUAGUUAUAUGAAAAGCUUUUCAAAUGGCCUUCUAUUGCCUGAAGUGUCCUUUCCCAGCCAGGGCUGCUGUUGCUCCUGCACUAUCCCUUUGGCCGGGGCAGGUUUCAGCUCUCCAGGGGAUGUCUGCAUGGCAGCAGGGCUGUGACUGCGAAGCCCACAGACAUCUGCUGUCCUCCGUCUCUCUGGCAGCAGCAGGGCAGUGUGGGUUUCAGCUGCCCACCAUGCCCUUACUGUACCUGCUGGUUUCCUCAAGCCUACCCAGCUCUUGCAUGAGUCAGUUCCUCACGGAGCACCUAGCUGGGAAGCAGAGGGACCAUCCUGGUGAGCAAAUCACUUAGACUGACAACAGCUCUGUAGGUCAAGGUUGUGAAUAAGAUCCUGCUUGGGUAGCCCCUGGAUUCCAGCAAUACCCUGGGUACAUGGUUGGCUGUAAAAAUUCGUGUCUCAUGGCAAGACCACAGGUAGUGCUCACUGUCACCGAUCAGAAAUGAGGCUGACACAGGGAAACUAGGCUGCAAAUGUGGCCAAAACUAGUCUAGAUUCCCCUGUGCUUUGUGCCUAGGCACUCUGUAUUGGAGGGCUAAUUCUGCCUUGCUGCAUAUCCUAGAGAAACCCGUCACCUCCCUAGGCAGAGCCUUGGAUAAGAGCAGGACCCUGGCCGUUAAUCUCUGCCAAAAUCAAGAGCAAAUGCUCAAAUGCUGGAACUUUCUGGGGAAGCUGGUAGGGGCUGCUCUCACGCGUGCUGUGUGCUUGUCUGUGCUGGGGAAUUCUGCACUUUGCUGAGGCUUCUGGUUCCUCCUUCACCAUCAACCCCUGGAGCAGGAGCAGAAUGUGCCACCGCAGCCCUCUGCCAGACCGGAGUCCAUCGCCCCAGACAAAGUGCAGCUGUGCCUUUGCCAUUCAUAUCUGGCUAUUGCGCUGUCAGCAUUUCACUAUUAAACAUUUUUUAAAACUGA